AUGGAGGAUGGGGAGGCGGCAGGAGACUCCGUGGCAGCCGCGAAGCCCAUGGAGGACGACGCACCCAUGUCCUCCCCGACUCCCUUCGCGCCGUCGGCCACCGCGGCCGUCGAUGGGUCCACCAUCGCGUGGAAGCGCCGCCGCCGGAAGAAGCAGUUCAACGGGUGCUGCUUUCUGGCGACGAUGGACAAUACCCCCUUCCUUCUUGACCGCCGCGAGGACGAGGAGAGUGCAGCUCUUGUCUCCAUCGCGGAGGCGGCUGCAAUGGGCGCACGAAAUGCAGUGUUAGAAGAGGUGCACCUGGCGGAAGAGGCGGCAGUGGCAGGGAUGGAGGUUGGGGCAGGAUCAGGUGAAGUACCUCCCAUGGUCGCUGGUCUACUUCCUCUUUCCCGUGCCGAAAUUGCCGGUGCAGAAGGAGCGCUCAAAGCAGUGCAUGUUGCUGUUUGUCUCAUGCCACCUGCGGCACGCAAACUGGUGUCUAGCGCUGACCUCCUACAAGUCCAGGCUGCAGCCGCGACAGGAGCUGCUGCAGGUGUUAGGGGGUCGGUGUUCAUGGCCCCACUUGCAGCGAAUCCCCCUGCGGUACUAGACAAGAACUUUGUGGCCGCCGCUGCAGGUUCUGGGGCCUGGGCAGCCUGCUACCACACGGUCCGCGCCGUACCAAGAAGAUCCACGGUCAAUCAAUGGGCUGCCCGGCUUCCCCCUGUUCUAGGCGCAUCACUGGCUCUUGCAGCGGGGGUCUAUGAGCCCAGAAACAGGGAGGGGUUCAUUGUCUCAGUAGGUGUGUUAGGUGGUUUAGCUUCUCUUAGUUUGAUCUACUUGUGGUUGCGCAGCAACCGGUACUACCGUACAGGUUGA